AGUGUUCGGAUCAGUCCCCACUGGUUACAUGCCACAACAACAGUCAGGAUUCACGCGUUCCUUACACAAUUCUCGUCCCAGCUUGAAAGGAGUAGCUAAUGUAAUCAAGAAGUAGGAAAGCCGGGCACACCCCUAGUCGUUCUUCUGGACUCCCAGCCAGAUCCACAAUGCCCGAUCCAGAUGCCGUCGCAGGUGGCUCCGUGGUGUCCGACCCACAGCACUCCCAGAAACUUCUCAGGGCCCUCCGCUCCCUCUGUAAAGAGCAGUGUUUUCAAGACUCGGUGCUGGUGUUGGACGGAGAAAGGAUUCCAGUCCAGAGGAACAUACUGGCCGCGGCUAGUCCCUACAUACGAACGAAGCUGAACUACAAUCCCCCAAAGGAGGAUGGCUCUAUCUACACCAUCGAGCUGCAGGGCAUCUCCGUGCCCAUCAUGGAGCAGAUCCUGGAAUACAUCUUCACUGGGGAGAUCAGCCUGAGUGAGGACACCAUCCAGGACAUGGUACAGGCCGCGGACCUCCUCCUGCUCACGGACCUCAAGUCUCUGUGCUGCCAGUUCCUGGAGAGCUGCAUCUGCGCCGACAACUGUAUUGGCAUCCGCCUUUUCUCCCUGCACUACUGCCUGCACCACGUCCACCACUCCGCCACCGACUUCCUCCAGACGCACUUCCGAGACGUGUCCGUCAGCGACGAGUACCGGGAGCUGCCGCCGGAGCGCGUGUGCGAGCUGCUGGCCAUGGAGAAGCUCAAUGUGGGCAGCGAGAAGCACGUGCUGGAGGCAGCGGUGCGCUGGCUGGGUCACGACCUGGAGGACCGCAGGGUGCACAUGAAGGAAGUGAUGUCAGCAGUGUGGGUCCAGGGUCUGGACGUGCCCUACCUGAGGGAGCAGGCCUUGGGGGAGCCCCUGAUGAGGGAGGUGGUGAGGGAGUACUGCCAGGCUCCUCUAGGGGGCGCCCCUCUGCAGGGAGAGGAGAUGCUGGCUGCCUUCAAACCCCGUGGCUACUCCGAGUGCAUCGUCACCGUUGGCGGGGAGGACAGGACAACCAGGAAGCCGUCUGCUGCAACACGCUGCAUGUGCCCCCUCUACGAUCUCAACAAGCAGCUCUGGAUCGACCUGGAGCCCAUGAGCGUCGCUCGGACGGGUCAUGGGGCGGUGACUGCAGAUGGCUACCUGUUUGUGAUUGGUGGCAUGGAUGAGACCAAGACGCCGCUGAACAGUGGGGAGAGAUAUGACCCAGAGUCCAACACUUGGACCGCCAUCCCCCCAAUGAAACAGGCACGUCAGAACUUUGGCAUAGUGGAGAUGGAUGGCCUGGUGUUUGUUCUGGGAGGUGAGAACGGGGAGACAGAGCUGCUGACCAUGGAGGUGUUUGACCCCCACUUCAAAACCUGGACCACCCAGACCAGCAUGACCAUGGUCCGAAAGAUCGGCUGCUAUGCCUCCAUGAAUAAGAAGAUCUAUGCCAUGGGUGGCGGCUCGUACGGGAAGCUGUACGACUCAGUGGAGUGCUACGACCCAAAGACCCAACAGUGGACUGGGCUGAGCCCCCUAAAGGAGAGGAGGUUCGGCUCCGUGGCGUGCGGCGUGGGCCAGGAGCUGUACGUGUUCGGGGGCGUUCGGAGCAAGGACUCGGACAACCCCGAGAACAGCCAGAUGACCACCUGCAAGUCCGAGUUCUACCAUGACGAGAUGAGAAGGUGGCUGUAUCUGGACGACCAGAACCUGUGUGUCCAAACCAGCUCCUCCUUUGUGUACGGAGCUGUUGCCAUCGGAGCCAGCAUUUAUGUGGUGGGGGACCUGGACACUGGUACGAGCUACGACUAUGUACGGGAGUUCCGUCGCAGCUCGGGGACCUGGCACCGCACCAAGCCCAUGUUGACGUCUGACCUCUGCAAGACGGCCUGCACGGCCCUGCGCAUCGCCAACUGUCGUCUGUUCCGUCUGCAGCUCAAACAAGGCCUUUUUAGGAUCCGCAUGCCCAACGUGUAGACCCUGCCCACUUACCCUCCGGAUUCGAAUACCAAUCAUCAUUACACACGCCCAGCCUCGCACACUCCCUGACCCCAUCCCAAACUAAAGGUUUAAGACCUGUGCCCAUGCACUAGUGGAACAUAUGUUUGCACAUGGCUAACAGCUGUGAGCUUGAAGAGUUUCACCAGUGCUUAGGGUUCUGGUGUAGUGGAUGAGUUAGGGAUUCGGGCCUUCACAAGAGCACAUUCAUCCUCUCUCUCUCUGCUUGGGAUGGUUACUAAGGGGAUCUUAUUACAGAGGCUGAGAUGGGAGAUGCUGGAUGAGAGCUUCCCUUCUAACCAUAGGUUGCCUUUUUAAACUGUUGUCAAUUUUUAAUUGUCGUGUGGCAGGGAGGGAUUUAACUUUUUGUUUUGCUUUGGUCCAUCUCCUCGGUCAUCUGUAUAGUUAGCAUUUUGUGUCUGCUUGUGGGUAUUCCAAAGAGCUGUGCAUUUCAGAUGGGCAUGGCCGGCCCGACCCAAUAAACAAAAACAAAAAAAUAAUAAAGGCCCAGAGAUUGGGGCCUACACUAUUUUUGUUUAGGGACCGCAAAUCCCUUGGGCCGGCCCAGCAGAUGGGUGACGGCAAGUGGCGCUAUCAUUACCGAGUCUAUCUUAAUACAAAAAAAAAUCAGUAGGCAAACGUCUGCAGUGGGAAUAAUACACUUUAACCUUUUUUGUUCAGUUACACAGCAUUACUGUUUAAUGUGUGUGUUUAUUAGGGGUUUAUAAAAAUAAAAAAAAGGCGUGUUUUGUCAGACACUACAGUGCCACAGGAGUUUAGAAAUAGAGUUAUUGGUGGUAGAGCUCCUAAAUUGCUGAUUUUAUUUUGCAGCUUGUGACCUUUGACCUGGCAUUCCAGUCAGAUUGGACGGUUUUGGCAUCCGUUGACCCCAUUUGUUCUGUGAGUUACAGCUGCUGCUGUCCAUCCUCACCCAGGGAGGGGGCGUCACACACACACACUAACACACACACACACACACACACUAUAGGGGACAGAACUGUAGGGGUUGCAAGCCAACAUGUCUUAGAAAUGUUCAAACACACAAACAGCCAUGUACAACACACACGGGCACACACGGGCACAGAAACUCUGAGCUGCAACUCUCGUCACAACGCUAAUCCAAUCUAUGCCAUACACAUGUACACUCAAAUGUACACAAGCAUAUGUAAUGUAUUCAAAGGAGCCAACAUUGCCAGGAUAUUAUAAAGAACCAGACUGGUUCAACCAGUCUGGGAGUCAGGUGGCUGAGCGGUUAGGGAAUCGGGCUAGUAAUCAGAAGGUUGCUAGUUCGAUUCCCGGCUGUGCAAAAAUUACGUUGUGUCCUUGGGCAAGGCACUUCACCCUACAUGCCUCAGGGGAAUGUCCCUGUACUUACUGUAAAUCGCUCUGGAUAAGAGCGUCUGCU